UGCAACUCGAGUGCUGACAGAGCAAGGCCAGUGGGUACCGAGCCAUCAGCAGUAGCAGCAAGCAUCUAGCUUUAAAAUGUCGCUCCAGACCGACACCAUGACCAUCCCCACCUACUCGACCAUCGCAGUCACGCUCGACCUGUCCGAGGCGUCGCUCGCCAAGCUGCGCAAGUCGUUCGCGACGGUGCACUACCACCCGGAGGGCGACGUGCCCAAGGAUGUGCUGGCGGACAUUGACGUGUGGUUCACGCGCUGGCUCGGCCUGCCCCAGUGGCUCGAGUUCAAGGACAUUCCCAACACCAAGGUCGUGCAGCUGACUUCGGCCGGCGCCAACCACGCGCUCCACGUCCCGGCCCUCGAGUCGGACGCGGCGAAGAAACAGAUCGCAGUGUGUGGAGCUUCGGGCAUCCACGUCCUCACGAUCCCGCAGUACAUUAUCGGCCAGAUCGUUGCGCUCUACUUCAACUUCCAGAACUCGCACUACAUUGCCAGGUCCGAAAAGCGCUGGGUCAAGCGCCCCGAGCUGCGCUACCGUCCCGAGUCGGCCUCGGGCUUUUUCAUCGGCGCGCACUCUCUGCGCGGGCGCACGGUCGGCCUGCUCGGCUACGGGCACAUUGCGCGCGAGACUGCGCGUCUUUUGCAGGCGUUCGGCGCGAUUGUUAUCGCUGCCAACUCGACCGGCGAGCGCAAGGCCGACGACGGGUACAUUAUCCCCGGGACGGGCGACGUCGACGGGUCGAUCCCCAAGGCGUUCUACUCUACCGCUGACGAGGCGAGCUUUGGCGAGUUCCUGUCCCAGUCGCAGAUCCUCGUCGCGUCCCUCCCCUCCACGCCGGCGACAAAGUGGCUGCUCACGAAGGAGCACCUCGCCAAGCUCCCCAAGGACGCACUCUUCAUCAACGUCGGCCGCGGAGACCUCGUCCACUCGGAAGACCUCCUCGCGUCCCUCGACUCCAAGGACGGCAUCGUCGCCGCCGGCCUGGAUGUUACCGACCCCGAGCCGCUGCCCGACAACCACCCCCUCCUGUCGCACCCCCGCGCGCUCAUCACCCCCCACACGUCGUCAGACUCGGCGACCUACUUUGACGAGGCGACAAACCUCCUCCUUGCCAACGUUGAGCGCCUGCGCGCCGGCGGCAAGCCCAUCAACCGUAUCGACCCCGUCAAGGGCUACUAGGCGUCGUUGGGGACAUUAGAGAUCUUGUAGUGGCAAUAUGCAGUGUGCUUGAGGUUUACA